AUCACUAGAUGUGUCCAUUUUCUCCGUGAACUAUGGCGCAGCCAAGCAGAAAGCGCGGCGACUGACGCCUCUGGAAAUUGCAGGGAUAGAAGGCGUGGAGCGACCUGUGCUGCAAGCUAUUGUGGGAAAAGAGUCCGGACAGGUGUACUACGCGAGCAAGCCGCUCUCUGCAUCCGUCUCAGCUGUGCGGUUGCUGGAAGCUGCGCCUGAUUCGCAGACUGCUUACAGCCGGCUGCCGCUUCUUCUGACCCCAGCACGCAGCG